AUGAAGCCGUUUGAAAUAUGGAAGGAUGAUCAAAAACUGGACCAUACUAAGAAAUUUCUGGAUCGUCAUCCGAUUGAACAAUUGGGCGCCGCAAUGUGGAGGAAAGCGGAGAAAGAAAAAGACGACAAAAGCAAGAUGCAAUUCAUUGUAGACCAGAUUGUGCGGCUUAAGGACAAAGAGCUCUACGAUGGCGAAUACUAUCCGGAACUGACUGAAAAGGGAUAUGAAAAUGUUGGGGAGUUCGAGGAGUGGAAGAAGAAAAAGUAUAUCAAUACUUUCGCUGUGGUCGAAACUGAAAUUGAAUAUGAGAAGCCAGACAAUGUCGGGAAGGAAUUGCUUCCAGGAGCCAGCAGUGAGGAUAAGAAAAAAGCUCGACGUUAGGGAUAUCCUGUGCCCGGAAGUUCUGAGGGUGAAGCUCGAGAUAUAAAGAUGAAAUAGUCUAUAGAUUGCUCCUUUGUUCCCAUUCCCUAUACCCAUAUAUUCUUUCUAUCGUAUGUAUCUAUCGUAUGUAUCGUAUUUCUAUCGUAUGUAUUUUGUCGUUUGUAUUGUAUUUGUUUGUAAUAAAUGUUGUUUCGAAUUGUUUUCCUUUUAUAAAUUGGUUCAAAUUUACCCAUAUUUUAGUAUAAACUUCACUCGAUAUAAACUUCACUUCACCUUUUGUAAAAAAUAAACGUAGGUAGUUGUAGAUUUGUUCC